AUGGAUCUUUCAUCGCUUGAAGGUCCUCCACUUCCAGAUUCCAGUUUUAAUGUCCGUACUUCCGUUUGGUCUCCGCGUGGCACGGAGAUUCCUCGGAUACACCUCGACCCUACCCCAUCAACAUCGACAUGGCCGCAAACACCGUCGCUCAAUUAUGACGAUUACCCGCCUAGACCGGCAUCUUCCGGGUCCACCGCGUUGCGCAGAUACCAUCGAAGCCAAGACCAGAAUGCAGAGACAUACCAGUUCAGACGGAGGAGUUACAACGACGAGUCCCCAGGGCUCCUUCAUCCGCCCUCGUCCUCGUCGAACGGAUACCGCGUCUCAGAGUCGGAUUUGGCAAACCACGCAGGCACGCAACGCAGAAACACCCUCGUCUGGUGCGAGGCCCAAAAGACAUGGCUUGCUCUGGAGCGCCAUGCGCCGGGGAACACAGCACCCGCGCUUUCAAUCCCGCAGUCCCAGUCUGCAGAAUCGUACCACGCAGCCUCGCGGGGCUUAGGGCAGAGUCACAGCCAGAGUCAGAAUCGUGACCGGUAUAUGGACGGUGAUGACCUGCCACCUCCGUACGAGAGCCAUUACUAUGAUCGGAUUCUCGCUGCGCAGCCGAUGUCGUCGGCACACGGCCAGUAUCCGUAUCAGAAUCGUCGUCCUGGACAGGUGUCGAGAUGGGGUGCUGUCGCGAGACGGAUGAAUCGGUCGCCUGGUACUCAGGCUUGGUAUUAA